UCCUAGGUGGUGCCUGGCUAUGGGCAUGCUGUUCUGAGGAAGACAGACCCACGUUACACAUGUCAGCGAGAAUUUGCCUUAAAACACCUUCCCAAUGAUGCCAUGUUCAAAAUGGUGUCUCAGCUUUUCAAGAUUGUGCCCAAUGUGUUACUGGAGCAGGGCAAGGCCAAAAACCCUUGGCCCAAUGUUGAUGCUCACAGUGGAGUACUACUGCAGGAAUCCCCCUGCCACGCCCCCUUCGCGGGCUGUCACACCUGGGCAUUCCAGAGCUCCGUGGAGGGUGCCUCUACGCCUUCUGUCUUCGCCGAGGGCGUUGCUACGCUCCAGGUCUCCAGGAGGCUCGUCUCUCCGCCUCCAGUCUCCUUGGGGGUCGUCGAUCCGCCUCUAGUCCGCGCCAAGGACUUUCCUGUUCCUGCUCCUGCUCUCCGCAGUGUUGGUCGCUUCGCCUUGGGCCCUUCCCUGCUGUUCCCGGCUCCGUGGCGGUUCCGGCCGGGUCCCCUUCGACCCUGGACGAUUAGAGGGGCCCUCCUCUGA